UAGAUAAUAUAAUGAUAAGAUUCAGCAUUUUGCUCUAAAGAUAAGAAAUUUGCAGUGCUUGUUUUAUCUAUUCAUUUCAGAAAAGGAAAUUUUAGUCUCUUCGCGAAGAUUUAUCUUUGCAGGUUGGUUAACCGGUAUUUCCUGUUUGGAGCAUGCCCAGUCUAGUCUCUUUUUCUAACCAAAUCCAAGAUGGCGUCUUUACGUGUUCUCGUUGGAUGCAAACGUGUCAUUGACUAUGCAGUCAAGAUCCGCGUCAAACCUGAUAAAACUGGUGUUGUUACUGAUGGAGUCAAACAUAGUAUGAAUCCAUUUGAUGAAAUUGCUGUAGAAGAGGCAAUCAGGAUGAAGGAGAAAAAAAUAGCAUCUGAGGUCAUUGCCGUAAGCUGUGGCCCAGCAAAGAGUGAGGAAACAUUACGUACAGCUCUUGCGAUGGGUGUUGACAGGGGUGUCCAUGUGGUUUUAGAUGAUAAAGCUUAUGAAGGGUUACAACCUUUAGCUGUUGCAAAGCUUCUAGCCAAAAUAGUUGAACUAGAAAAACCUGACUUAGUGUUGUUAGGGAAACAGGCCAUUGAUGAUGACUGUAACCAGACACCACAGAUGCUCUCUGGACUACUUAACUGGCCACAGGCUGUUUUUGCUUCAAAAGUGGAAAAGACAGACGGCAGACUUCAAGUUUUAAGAGAGAUUGAUGGUGGACUUGAAACAAUCAAUGUCAAGCUACCAUGUGUUUUAUCAGCUGAUUUAAGAUUGAAUGAGCCCAGAUAUGCUACACUACCCAACAUUAUGAAAGCAAAGAAGAAAAAGAUUGAUAAGAAAACUCCCGAAGAUCUAGGUGUGGACGUGUCCCCCCGGAUAGAGAUCUUGAAUGUUACAGACCCCCCUGUACGCAGCGCUGGAAUCAAAGUAGAAACAGUUGACGAUUUGGUGGCAAAGUUAAAAGAACACGGAUUUCCUGCAUGAAUCAUUUUGCUAAACGUUCAAUUUAUCAUUGUUCAUAUUUCCAUAAUUCCUACAAGAAGAAUGAAAUAAUCGACUGUAUUAACAGUCAGGUCAAGUAUUUUUGAGUACUUUGGAAUCAUUUAUUGUUAUUAACUUGCGGGGCAUUAAAGUAUAUCUUAUGAUUUUA